AUGGCGGCUGUUCAUCCUGAAACCUUGGCCACGGAGCCUUUGCCGACAGGAUGGGAAACACGUUACGAUACUCGCACCAAUCGCCACUACUUCGUGAACCACGCAGACCACACCACGACUUGGGAGGAUCCUCGGCUCCGAUAUCCCCAAUUGCAAAAUGGCAGCUACGCGAAGUAUUAUCUCUACGGUAGCGGCAAAACAACACCCGAGCCCAUUUUGAAAAACAAAAUCUACAACGAAGAUGUUCUGACAAACUGUCCUCCACCUUACUACGGCAUGCUCUACUACCCACCGCCAAUGCAACCUCCUUCUUACGCCGCAAACGUGCAAGGGUCGCCCCGAGAUGGUUUCUACACUCCUGCCGCACGCCAUAUGGGACAGUAUUCACCGUACUUCGGCAGCCCGAAGAGCCCUCUCCGAUUCAAGAGCGACAAUAAGAUCACCGUUGACGACAAACUUCUCGCCAAGCUUGUCGUUCAAUUCCCGACGGUCGAUGAGGGUCACAUUUUUUCGAUACUCAAACAGUACAACAACCGAGAGAAUGUCGCUGUUGGAGCUUUAUUAGCCGAGGGUCAUCCACGCGCACAGACAAACCCGUCAGGUCAUGAGAACGUACCACCAAAGCUGAUUCAACCCGAUGAAAACCUCGUACAGAAGCUCCAUAGCUAUUUUCCGAAAGUCGAUAUAGACUACAUCCGGAGUCUCCUUCAUAAAUUUAACAACGAGGAGCACGGAGUUACACGAGUUCUCGUGAGCGGAGCCGAGAGCUAUAACAUACGGCAACCCGUACACCACCAGCAGUCUCCGCUCGUAAAGGUCCGCUUCCUGAAGCUGAUAUUCCCCGAGGUCGAUGAAGCCGACAUUUACCUCGUGUUACAAAACACCGACAACAAUGCGACCGAGGCCAUGGAGCGCUUGGAAGAACAAGGUUACAAAAAACUCGAGGAACCACGACGAAGACCGGACGCGGUUCCGAAGGAACCUCCCGUUCCGCCUCGAUCCGCUGAGCUGAAGCGGAAGAACCUCAAUCCAACCCCAUCUCUACCGGAGCAGAAGAGAAUAAUCGACAAAUUGAAGGACGAGUAUCCGCAUGUGGACGGUGCUCUGAUCCCGAUGGCCCUCGAGAGCGCUACGUGGAUUGAAGACCGGGCUCGGCAUCUCCUCGACACGAUGUCUGCGAGCGAGAGAGCUCCUAUGAGUGCUUCAAUGCAAUCACUCUUGAAAGACAUCCUGCCCGACGGCGUCCGGAGGCCGUCUAAAUUCUCUGAUGAGAUCACGAAAGCGGAUAAGUCCACACUGACUUCUCCAGAAGCGAAACCCGAGAAGACGCAUCGUGUCAAAUUCUUCCGUAGGAUCUUCCGUUUCAAUAAAGGCACGUCGACUCAAGAGGACCAACAGCCGGCUGAGACCACCAGGGUACAGGCUAAAGGACCCGACCCGAAGAAUAUGAAAGGGCCGUCGAGCAGGAAUAUUCUGCGAGACUACAUGCCGUGGUUCGGUUCCAACUCAUCGAAUCGCAAAGGUCCGGAUUCGAAGAAUGUCAAGGGUCAAGACGCGAAAAAUGUUAAGGGAUCCGAUCCCAAACAAAGCAAAGGUCCAGAUCCGUCCAAGGCGCAAGGCCCCAAAGUCAAAGCGAAAGGAUCUCAGUUUUCGUUCUUCAAGAAGAAGGAGAAGCACGGCAAUCAUGUCAGUCAACGCGUUAUCGAAGUCCAAUGAAGCGAUACAACCCAUGCGAGCCAUUGCUCGUUCCAGUGAUCCAUUGACACGUCGACUGACUUCAUGAGUUCGACAACUCGGCGCUGGCUAGUCUGCCAAUCGUCGCAGUGAGCUUGCGUUAUUGGUAUGGUGUCAAUUGCUCCCUCGUCUCCAUGG